AUGGAGCCAAGCCCACCACUUUAUACCACCAAAAUAUGCAAAAUGGUUCGCGAAUUUCUCUUUACGGUGAGUACUGGUGUCUCAAAGAGCAUGAUCACGUUUGAUCUCAACUUCCUGAUGAAACGUGGCAAGAUCGUAGUGAAGGUCUUGAACGACAUCGUGGUCCGCCACCACACCGCGCUCAGCUGCAUUUCACAUGACGUGAACGCGUCCUUCGUGUCACCUCGGGAGUACGAGUUCAGCUGCAGCCAUAGCCCAUCCUACCAACCAUACGUCCGCUUCCACGUCAGCAGCAGGCAUAAACCCAAGUAUCGCAGUCGUCGCAGCGGGAACUUCAAAUACUACAAACGCUCCCACGCGCCACUGACAGUGAGAGGAGACGUUGUGGACUGGGAAGUCGAUGAUGUGGCAGUCGAGUCUCCUUUGGUGGACCCGCUAGUUCGGCGGGUGAGGAUAACGGACUCGCCGUUCUCAUUAAACGGCGAAUGCAACAAGGAGGAUUGCCACGUGGACAAGGCGGCGGAGGAGUUCAUAAGGCGGUUUUAUAAGGAGCUGCGGUCUCAAAAAUUGGUGGAUUAUCAUCGGUGA